GGAGGAGACACAGGAGCAUCCCAUUCUUCUUCUUCUUCUGACUGCUGUGUAUCCUUGUGUCGGCUGUGUGUGUGUGUGUGUAUCCUUGUGUCGGCUGUGUGUGUGUGUGUGUAUCCUUGUGUCGGCUGUGUGUGUGUGUUUGUGUGUAUCCUUGUGUCGGCUGUUGAGACGCGGAAAGAUGGUGAAUCUGGUGAGCGGCGAGCAGCUCUCUGCAGACUAAGCUUUGCCUGGUUAACUCCAAAGUGGAGCAUCUAAGCUGCUUCAUCGAUAAUGGACUUCGGUCUUCUGUGAUCCCCUUUGAGCUCCAUGAUGGACUCCACCUCCUGAACCCCCCAGCAAACGCCCCAGCGAACCCCCCAGCGAACCCCCCAGUGACGCCCUCCACCAGGGGAGGAUGGGAGAUGGGCCCGUGACACCUAGCGGACCGUCUCCUCCACAGCCCAUCCUCUCAUGGAGCACCCUGUCACGCCAAGUCCCUCCUGGAACACGUCGCUCUCCGGGCUGCCUUGGUUUCCCGUCUCUCUGCAUCCAAACGCCUCCAACGUGAGCCAGCCCGUCGCCAGCGUCCGAAGCGGAGCGAGCGCGAGCCAGCUUGUGGCGCUGUGCGCCAUGCUGGCGAUGGACACCCUGGCCGUGGUGGGGAACCUCGCCGUGAUGAUCGUCAUCACCAAAAUGAUGCAGCUGCGCAAGUUUGCCUUGGUGUUCCACCUGUGCCUGGUGGACCUGCUGGCGGCGCUGGUGCUGAUGCCGCUGGGCGUGCUGUCCGACCAGUUCCUGGCUCACGAGGCCCUGUGCCAGACCUACCUCUGCUUGAGUGUCUGCCUGGUGAGCGCGGCCAUCCUCACCAUUUGCGCCAUCAACGUGGAGCGCUACUACUACAUCGUGCACCCCAUGCGCCACGAGGUGAAGAUGACUUUGGGGGUGGUGGCGGCGGUGCUGGUCGGGGUCUGGAUCAAAGCCGUCGUCAUGUCGUCGGUGCCUCUCCUGGGGUGGCUGCUCCAAGGGAACCAGGAGGCGAGCUCCCCUUCGGCGCUCCCCUCAGCUCAGACAUCCUGCUCCCUCCGCUGGGCGGGAGGCCGGACGGCACACUUGCUCUUCACGGUGUUCUUCACCGUCAUCUAUUUCCUGUGUCCCGUGCUGAUUCUUCUGGUGGUCUACUGCAAUAUGUUCAAGGUGGCCCGAGUGGCGGCCACCCAUCAGGGCCCGCUCCCCACUUGGUUGGACACCCUGAGACCACGAUCCGAGUCCACCGGCAGCCACUCCACCACGGCUGCGAGCUUCGGCGGGACGGGCUCCCGCAGCACAGCUCAAAGGACCUUUGGUGGCGGGAAGGCCGCCGUGGUUUUGGUGGCGGUGGGGGGCCAGUUCUUGUUCUGCUGGCUGCCGUACUUUUCUUUCCAUCUCUACUCAGCCGUGGUGUCCGCCUCCCCCGCCUGGCUGGCCCGGUUGGAAGGUGUGGUCACGUGGAUCGGCUACUUCUGCUUCACCUCCAACCCGUUCUUCUACGGAUGUCUCAAUCGGCAGAUUCGAGAAGAACUGGGGCGCCACCUGGCCUGCCUUUUCAAACGGGCCCGGUCCGGUCGGGGGGAACAGCUGCCCAGCCGUGAGGCUUCCAUCGAGGAGAACUUCUUGCAGUUCCUUCAGGGCACGGCGUGCAAUCUGGAGCCGCGCAACUCUCACAGCGCUGUGACGCCAGAUGAGGCGGAACAUGGAGGCCUUCAGGAACCAUCUGCUCUGCAAAGCACGCCGGCCGAUGGCCACGUCCCCGGCCAGAUUCUUGAAGAACCCUCAGAGUUCGUCCAGCGGCAAAAACUGAACAAUCAGGUCAUGGUGUGGAAAGAACUCUAGCUGCCUCCUCCGUAUGAGCAGAUGAUCCAUUCCUUUCUUUGGAAUCUCCUUUCCAUGACCACGCCGUUAUUUGGUCUUCCAACUGAAACCUGCUGAUGUCUUCUGUUUUGGAUAUGCGCCAUCUUCUAGAUCACCGAUGAACACAGCAAGUAACCCUAACCCUAACCGCUGUCAUGCGGCGUUCAUCCGUCAGCAGAUAGACACUGAGCGAAAGGUUCGAUUCCCUUUUGAUCUGGUUUGCAUAAUAAACACCUCCACCGUGCAAUCUUUUUAAAGCAUCUUAAGACAAUUAGAUGCUCCUCCACCGGGACUUGCAACAAAGUCUGUCCAGACCUCGGAUUCGUCAUCGUAGACCAAGUCUAGUUGGAGGUACACUAUGGUGGAGGUACACUAUGGUGGAGCUACACUAAGGUGGAGGUACACGAUGGUGGAGGUACACUAAGGUGGAGGUACACUAUGGUGGAGGUACACUAAGGUGGAGGUACACUAAGGUGGAGGUACACUAAGGUGGAGCUACACUAAGGUGGAGGUACACUAUGGUGGAGGUACACUAUGGUGGAGGUACACUAAGGUGGAGGUACACUAUGGUGGAGGUACACUAAGGUGGAGCUACACCAAGCGUCCGUUUCUGAAAUGUGUUUUGGCUCUCCAGAAACGAAGAAAAGGUCCCUUUGUCAUCCAUGGAGGCUUGGCCAGCAGCCAUCUUUGACCGUGUGACCAAAGCGUGUUGCAUGUUGACAGGUAAACACGGGAGCGGAGCGAGUGCUCCUGUGUUUGUGAUCCACACAAGCAGCCAUGUUGUGGCUACACACGCUCGUUUGCCUUUGGCCUCGUUUGGCUUGGAAAAUGGAAGUCUGGCAUCUCAGCUGGAACACAAACGCUUUGGACAGACGUUGCCAAAGACCACGGCACAUAUCCCUUCAUGGCCGACUUGUUGCAUCACUGCUGUUCUUUCUGGUGGCCUUUAUUUUCAAGUUCUGAUUUGCCAAAACUUUGUUUGAUGUCUGAAAUGGAUGUGGAUUGAUGAGACGUUGCUAUGUCUGCCAUUAGUCUGCUAUAUAGUGUAUCCGUGUAUCCGUGUAUCCGUGUAUGCGUGUAUCCGUUUAUGCGUGUAUCCGUGUAUCCGUGUAUGCGUGUAUGCGUGUAUCCGUGUAUCCGUGUAUGCGUGUAUGCGUGUAUGCGUGUAUCCGUGUAUCCGUGUAUGCGUGUAUGCGUGUAUGCGUGUAUGCGUGUAUGCGUGUAUCCGUGUAUGCGUGUAUCCGUGUCUGUAAGACUUAUUAUUUUAUGACUUUUAUUAAAAUG